UUGACAAUAAAAAGAAGCGCCAGACAACAGGACCGACAUGGGCCGGUUAGAGAGAGGGGAGGCGAUUUUAGAAAGACAAAUAACCAGUAUAACUACAUUAUAAAGUCAAACGAAUUCGUAAAAAAUAACACACACCAAGAGAACCCCAGAAAGGCACGAUUUUGUCAGAAACGACGAGAAUCUAACCACUGAUGAAUCGGUGGCCUGUGUGUGUCUGUUUUGUGAUGUAAGCGCUGCAACAAAAUAUUGCCUUUAGACUAAAUUUAUUUAAAGAAAGAAAGUUAACGUAAUGUUAAGAUUUUAACACGUCUGUAGUUAAAUGUUUUUUUCGUCUUUAAACUGCUGAGAGAAUGCCAGAAAUUCAAGUAAAGCACGUCGUUUCCUGUAGCAGCGAAGACAAUACUCACAAAGCAGACAAUCUCUUGAAAGCCGAUACCUACAGGAAGUGGAAGUCUGCCAGGCCAGGAGAGAAGCAGAUAUCUGUUAUCUUGCAGUUUGAGAAGUCGGAGCAGAUCCACAGUAUUGAUAUUGGAAAUGAGGGCUCUGCAUUCGUGGAGGUUCUCUCCGGGAACUCUACUUCUAUCAAAGACCAGGAUUACGAGGUGAUCCUGGUGACCUCGUCCUUCAUGUCCCCCACGGAGAGCCGGAACAGCAGCAAUCUGAACCGGGUCCGCAUGUUCGGACCGGACAAGCUGGUCAGAGCAACCGCGGAGAAGAGGUGGGACCGGGUCAAACUCAUCUGCACCCAGCCUUACAACAAGAAUGUUUCCUAUGGGAUCUCAUUUGUAAGGUUUCACUCGCCACCGGACGGUACUGAGAAUUCAGCAGCUUCACCACCAAAACUGACAAAACUAGGCCAGUUCAGAGUGAAGGAGGAAGAGCCCGGUACUGCCAGUCUGAAGCCAGGCAGUCUGUUCUUUAACAGGGUGGCCAAACCAGAUACCCCUCCCAAGACCUCCUCUCACAAUGACAAGCCGACCCCGAGCUACGCCACUGCCACUCUGCAGUCUACGGGCUGUGCAGCCCCGCGCUGCACCCCUGAAGCGGACGAGAAACCAGCAACCAGUACGACCGCUUCAAAGGAGCCGACUCCGGGAAAGAGGAAGUUUGAGUUCAGUAAAGAAAGGCAGCCUCCCGCUGCCAAAAAACAGAACUCCCAGAACGCUCAGGACCCCGCUGAAAACACGAGACCUAAAGCUAGCCCCUCACAAACCAGCAGCAAGAAACUCAAAGCCGAACCAGUCAGCCCAUCAUCCCCACAAGAGAAGAAACCACGAAAGCAGGAAGAGAAGAGAAAGAGCAAGACCAAGGGUUCGACAGAGACGGAGUUCUCCCGGCUCCUGGAGGGCACUGUCUUUGUGCUCAGUGGAUUCCAGAAUCCAUUCCGGGCUGAGCUACGAGACAAAGCACUAGCCCUGGGUGCUAAAUAUCGGUCUGACUGGACCCCCGACAGCACCCACCUCAUCUGUGCCUUUGCCAAUACCCCCAAGUACAGCCAAGUGAAGUCGCUAGGGGGCGCUAUUGUGCGUAAGGAGUGGAUCCUGGACUGUCAUAAAAGAAGACAGAGUAUCUCUUUUAAACGGUACCUGAUGGACGGAGCAGAGUCCAGCACUGAGGAAUCUGAGGAAGACAGUGAGGAAGAGGACUCUGGGAAGCGUCGAUCAUCCAGUAACAAACAGAGGGCAGUCUCCCCCAGCACUAACCACAAGAGAUUGACUCCAAAAAAGGAGCAGCAGAGAGAGAUUGUGGAGCGCCCUGGGACGUCCAGAGCAGCAGGACUCGGCAAGGGCCAACCACCCCCAGAGGAGGAGGAGGACAAAUUUGGGGGCUCCACCGAUGAAGAGAAGCCUGGUAAUAGCCGGGACAGUAGUGGAGACUCAGGGAUGGACACAGAGGAUGAACUUAAGAGAGUGGAGGCUCAGAACCACAGUAAGAAGCAGGGAUCUCCGCGCUCAGCAGGAGAAGACGACCCAUACGCAGGGUCAACGGACGAGAACACAGACACUGAAAAGCCAGAUCUGGACCUUCCUAUCCCAGAAUUGCCAGAGUUCUUGACUGGUAAACACUUUUUCCUGUAUGGGGAGUUCCCAGAAAACGAGAGGAGAAUGUUGAUCCGGUAUAUCACUGCUUUUAACGGGGUCAUUGAGGAGUACAUGGAUGAAAAAGUGCAGUAUGUCAUCACAGCCCAGGAUUGGGACGAUACCUUUGAAGAUGCUCUGAUGGAGAACGCCAGCCUGUCGUUUGUGAAGCCGCGCUGGCUGUACGUUUGUAACGAGAGGCAGAAACUAGUCCCCCACCAGCCCUACGUGGUGGUGCCCCAGGCAUAGGGGUGUCUGAGAGGAACUGAUGUCACAUAUGAACAGGAAGUGAGAUUCAACACGCCAGCAAAUGCCAACCAUAAGAAAAAAAUAAUUGUACAACCAUACAUGGGUCAUCAAUUGCAUUCUUCCAGUAAGCCCAUGUAUUUUCAGGAACUUUUUGAUUAAACCUUUUUUUUAUUGUUGUGUAAGAUCGGCAAUACACUAAUAAUUAGACCUUUUUUGUAUGGAACAGCAGAAUUCUUUCAAAACGCAAGCCAGUGCGUUUUGUUUUGUAUUAAUUGCGUUCAGGAAUAAAACUGACAGACUUGCACUUUUCAGCUCUGUACCUUUUGAAAAAAUUCAUAGCUUGCAAUAUCAAACCUUCGAAUACAAACCAACUUUUUUUUUGUUGUUGUUUUUGCCCCUCCUUUUCCAGUACAGCAAUACAAACUAAGUUUAUCCCUACACAGAUUGUGGUGGGAUUAAGGGAUAAUGGUCAUGGUUGCAAGUAUCACCUGCCUCGCUCACAACCCAACCCAAGCACACAGAUUUGUGUCGUAAGAAAAUAUCCACCAGAUGCUAAAACCACCAAACCUAUUUCCUUAUUUCACCAGAGAUCAUGAAAAGACUUAAAAGGCUACUCUGGCCAGUUGGAGAAAGAUCUUCCUGUAUCGUGUGUAAAAGCGAGGUGAUAAACGCUUAUCUUUUAAAGGGCUAAUAACCAACCCAUUUUUGAGCUCUCUUAUGCAGCAACAUGCUCUCUCAAGUACUGUAUUUGCAGUGAUGUAGCCAAUGUGUCCUGCCUCUACCCUGGUCUCGUUAUACCCAUGAAGCACAGAAUAGUGUUGUAUAGCAGUGCUUGAGGUCGGUUGGAUACAAGAUCUGGAAAAUGAAACGGAACCUUUUUAAGUUCCUUUCCCUUUUCAUGUUUUGUUUGCUGUUGUUUGGAGUGGUUCUCUUGCAAUGUAAGUGUUUAAGUUGUUGUGACCUGAGUUCAGGGGCUGUGUUUCACUUCUCAUUGUCUGUGAUGUAGAUUAGAUCAAUGUUUUUAUAUUGGUAAACACCAGGAUUUAUGUACUACAUAAAGAAACUUCAUUGAGUCGCAAGAUGGCACUGGCUGUGGCUUCUAUAUAUACAGUGGCUUGCGAAAGUAUUGACCCCCCUUGGCAUUUUUCCUAUUUUGUUGCCUUACA